AUGUCCACACUCUCAGUCUUUCAAACUUUGCCCUGGCAUAAUCAGGAGUGUGGUUCCGAUUCCAAGAAAGUCGACAUAUCGUGGGUCAAUGUUGUCUAUGGCCAGACCAACCAGCACGUCAGCGGGCUUCUGGGCAAAGUAACUUUAGAGCUUUACCGCGGGUUAAAGCGUGUGUCAUUUUUGGAGACUGGCAGCAACAAGGCUCCCGCUGUUUUCAACUCAGCUACGUUUUUAGCAUUGACUCACUUUACGUACAAGUGCACCAGGGGGGGGCAUAUCUGGGCCAUCGAGUGCAUUCGGCGGAACACGGCGUCGCUCAAGAAAUUGUCUUUUAUGCAUGUGCACAGAUAUAUUGCAGCUGCAAUUUUGCACGACGGUCAGGACAACCCGCUGGUUUAUUGUAGCCUGGAGUCUAUUUACUUUGACUCUGUCGACUUUCAGAUCAAAUUUGUUCGGCCAACGCGUUCGGAAACUCCAGCCAAAUUUGUCUACUUCCCCAAACUCGAGUUCCUCCGCGUACAUGGGAGAUAUCCGUAUAAUUACAAUAUGCUAUUCAGGGGUGAAGACGGCCACAGCACUCUCAAGAGUUUGAAGAUUACCUUGGAGCUCACGUUUAUCGAGACAGAAUUAUUCAAAUUCCCCCGUGCGAGCUUGAAUUUGCACAAAUUAUUGCAGUUCUCAGGCGUGCGCCAUAUUUGCGCCAUCUGCAUUGCAGCUUUAUGGGCGAAAGGCUCGAGCUCGAUGGAAUUUGCCCUAUUGGGAUUCGAACGGAGUUUCAGACAAACUUCCAUCCAUGGGGCAAAUAUUUCAGUUCGCUGGUUAUUGAAAAGCGAUUUCAGUCGGUACAAGUUUAAUCGUGAGAAGGACAUGUUUACCAACAAAAUGUUUUACGGGUAUCACUUUGACCGCAUGAACAUCAAUGUCAGUAAUAAGCCUGAGAUUGUUGUUAAUAGAAGAGAAAGGGUUAUCUUUUUCUUACUGCUGUGGGACGCCUAUAUCGUAUAA